AUGGCUGGUCCCUGCAGGAGGCUCUGGCUGCUCCAGGCCAACCUCUGGCUGCUGGAGCUGCUCACAGGUGGGAUCUCAGCAGAAACCAACAGCACCUGGAACAGCACAGGGGGGGGGUGCCCCUUGGUGCACCAGCAGCCGCGCUACGUGGCGGCCAAGAGGAACAUGCCCGUCCACUUCAUCUGCUACUCCCAGGACCCCCAGGGCAUGUGGUGGUACCGAACACAGGGGGACAGCCACGACCUCCAGGAGGUGGACUUCAACACCUCCCGCUACAGCAUCGAGAGGAAAGACAACUUGAUUAACUUCACCAUCUUCAGGGUCCACUCCAGGGACAGCGGCAUCUACAUCUGCGGCAGCAGGAACCUCUCGGUGCAGGAGCAGCCCCGGCCGUGCCCCACAGAGCUCAGGGUCGUGGGUCACAGCAACCUCCAGCAGAUCAGGAACAGGAACACCCUGAAAGAUGCCAUCAUCAUCAUCCAGUCCAUCCUGCUGGUCAUCUUCAUCAGCGUCCCCACACUCUUAUUCCUAGAUAAAGGUGAAGAGAAGAAAAGCCCAGAGGAGGACCACACCUAUGAGGGCCUGGAGGUGGAUCAGAUGGCCACCUAUGAGGACAUCACCCCUUUCCGGGACGUGAAGGCCAAGUGGACAGUGGGGGAACAUCCAGGAGAGGAGUGA